GGGCUUCAGCUACGUGGACCUGGUGGAGGGUCUGCGGGACGGGCGCUUCUAUGCCCUGAAGCGCAUCCUGUGCCAUGACAAAGAGGACCACCAGGCUGCCCUGCAUGAGGUGGAGAUGCACGGCCUCUUCGACCACCCCAACAUCCUGCACCUGGUGGCCCACUGCAUGGUGGAGAAAGGUGCCAAGCAUGAAGCGUGGCUCCUCCUUCCCUAUGUGAAGGGGGGGACCCUCUGGAGUGAGGUGGAAGCACUGCGAAAGAAAGGGACCUUCAUGCCAGAGCAGCGGAUCCUCCUCAUCCUCCAUGGCAUCUGCCACGGGCUGCAAGCCAUCCACAGCAAGGGCUAUGCACACAGGGACCUCAAGCCCACCAAUGUGCUGUUGGAUGAGGAUGACCGGCCCGUGCUGAUGGACCUGGGCUCCAUGAACCAAGCUCGCAUUGAAGUCAACAACUCUCGGGAGGCCAUGGCCAUACAGGACUGGGCUGCCCAGCGCUGCACCAUCUCCUACCGUGCCCCCGAGCUCUUCACGGUGCCAAGCCAGUGCAUCAUAGAUGAGCGCACAGAUAUCUGGUCCCUAGGCUGUGUGCUGUACUGCAUGAUGUUUGGGGAGGGCCCCUACGAUGCCAUCUUCCAGAAGGGUGACAGCGUGGCUUUGGCAGUGCAGAACCCCAUCGCUGUGCCCCCUACAACCAGGUACUCGGCUGCCUUGCAGCGCCUGCUCUCCUCCAUGAUGACAGUGAACCCCCAGGAGCGACCCAGCAUAAAUGACAUCCUCCACCAGCUGGAGGGGCUGCAGCCAGCGCCAGUGGGUCAGGACACCACACAGAUCUGA